GGCCUGACGUCCUACGGGUCGGCCUCGCAAGAUUCCAUGGCAAUACCACCACAAAACUGUGACGUGUCAUCGCACGUCUACCAGAUGUCGGAAAUCAUCGGCUACUUGCCCGUGAUGACAUGCAUGAUUAUACUUGUGCUACUAGCGUAAUCAUUAAGAGAACUAAAUUGCAGCGAAAUUUGCAUGCUUCGAACUUCAUCGUCUCAUUGGCUGAGCGAGCUCUCGGCGGUGACCACACCCACCUGUUGAAUUAUUCACAAUCUUUACCAACGUGAAAAGCAGCUUUUACAUCUGAGAUUGUUGUGGUAAUUCUCGUGCUGUCAUGAUCAGAGCGACCGGUAUUUAAAGUGUAUUAUUUUUACGGGGAGGCUCAUUUCUGGUUGUACUCUUCCACAUGUGAACUACCAAAGAGACUCGAGAGACGAAAGAGGGAUUUCCAGUUACAAAAAGAUCCUCGUUGCGAUUCGCUUAAUUCGCUUGAAUCCAGCAUGGAGGAUCUUAAACAUCAGAAUCCGAACCAGACACCGACUCCUUCUACUCAUCCUCACGGCUCUGAUCUUAUUCGUAAGCCCCCUGAGCCUGACUGCACUAGUAGUACCAGCAACCAGUGCUACACUGUCAAUCUCUUCGGUGUCCCCAUAGCCGCACUUAUCAUAGACGGCCAGGAAAGGCUCUGCCUUGCCCAGAUCUCCAGCACCCUCCUCAAGAACUUCAGCUAUAACGAGAUCCACAACCGGCGCGUAGCCCUGGGCAUCACCUGCGUCCAGUGCACACCCGUCCAGCUGGAGAUCCUCCGACGCGCCAACGCCAUGCCGGUCUCGUCCCGCCGGUGCGGCAUGAUCAACAAGCGGGAAGCUGAGCGACUGUGCAAGUCCUUUCUGACCGAGAACACCCCACCGAAGCUACCGGACAACUUCUCCUUCGACGUGUACCACGAGUGCACCUGGGGAUGCCGCGGGGCCUUUGUCCCCUCCCGCUACAACAGCUCCCGGGCCAAGUGCAUCAGGUGCGCCUACUGCAACCUGUUCUCGUCUCCCAACAAGUUCAUCUUUCACGCGCACCGCACGCCUACCUCCAAGUUCCACCCUCCAGACGGGCCAAACUUCAACUCUUGGCGGAGGCACAUCAAGUUGGUCGAUCCCAACCCACCAGAGGAACUCCUUCACGCUUGGGAAGACGUUAAGGCCAUGUUUAACGGAGGCAGCCGCAAGAGGUCUGUCUGUGAGACUUCUAACAAGCUGACACCACCGUCGUAUAUAUUAAAGCGCCCGGCGGAUUCCAUCUCUCUCAACAAUGAUUCUCAACGGUUGCUCCCAAGUCCACCAAAGAGAAGCCGUUACGACAAGGAUCCCCACCGUGAUCUUCAACCCACGCCUCCUGGAGCGGUCAACGUACCCUACCCACUCAUGCCAAUCCCAAGCCGCACUCUGUCUACAUCAAUUAGCGAGGCUUUGCCGGAAGAACCCCCGAUGAACUCCUCUCCGCCUUACUCCGUCGGCGCCAUUUUCCCCGGACAGUUGUCACCUUCGGCCUUCAGACAACACCCGCUCAUGGAGUUUGUCUGGGGCGGUGGCAGGGCGGGGUAUCCGCUACCGGCUGCAGCAAUUUGGCCGAAGACUAUUGGUAUGCCGUUUGCUGGCAACACCGGCUAUUACCAGCCCUUUGUGGAUCCGGACAGCGAUAUUCACGCCAUAAUGGACAUGGCUUCAUCAAGCAACAACGCCCCCUCGAAGAAACCCCACCAGGGAGAGGACUUUGACCCCUUGAAAUUCGGCAGCCUUAAAUCCAAGACUUUGGCCAUGAGGCACCACGUUCACCACCACCAUCUCCCAGACUUGAGAUCCAGGAAUGCGUACUAUACGUCCGCCUUCCGCCCCGUCCUGACGGGGAAAGGUUGCCUGGAACCCGAGCGGGCCUUUGGAAGCACUGAACGGUUCGUAUUCCCCUCGAAGCCCCCUAUCGAGGACUGUUGCUUGGCUAUGGGACAUCACCACGCCAGACCCCACCAAAUCGCCAGCCACCAGGCAAAAAUCAAAGCAGACCACUACCCGAUCAGCAAAUCACCGCGGAGUCUCAGCCCCCAGACCCCCACUCUCAUCAUCGAUGCCGAUGAUCCCGCCGAUAAGACCGAUCCAUACUCUGAGGCGACCACUAAACGGACACCGGGCGUCACGGACGGCACCGAGCAAGACGCAGGUGGGACUUCAACGGGCGAAGACGCGAAGAGCCAGCGUGACCUCGGGAAAGCGCACUCAAAACGAAGAAUCUCGAUGGAAGAGGCCGAAAGUUCACGUUUUUCUCCGUCGGACUCAUCGGUGUUGAGUAGCCGCCACCCCGACCAUCGCGCACAACACCACCGCCGACAUAUUACCAAAGAAUCGACCACUCCUUCGCCGCUCAAGGAAGACGACGAUCACACUUCACGCAAACUGGGAGAAGAAAACCAAGCCACUCUGAGCCAUUUCUCUCGGCGGCUCUUAUCUUCGCACAGCGUGGGACUCGACUAGACCUGAAUAACCACGGUGAAUACCCACGGUGUACCAGCGUUUAACUUUGUCUGAACAACAAUGCACCAGUUCGGGUUUUUUCAGUUCAAUGCAUUGAUCAAUUAUUUGUUUGAUGCUAAUUUAAGAGACGCUGUAUUGUAAACUUAUAGAUUAAUCGAUACAUAAGUUCAUUUACUGCGUUGUAUAUAUAGAAAUAGGACCCAGUUUCUCAUAUAUAUAGUUUUGAACAUUUCUUAAUGUGGACAUGCAUACAACAACAAAGUCAAAGUGUAACGUAGAAGUUGCUCAAUGUCGGGGGCGGGGGGGGGUAAAAAGUAAAUAAAUCAAAUGUAAAUGAACAAUUGUUUAAACUGACGCUUAACAGAAGACAGAGGACAGUGUCCUCAAUCACUUUUGAAAAUAACUGCAAUAUCUUGUAACUACUCCAAAUUUCGUAGGUUUUCACAUAGGCCUAUCUCCCCUAAACACGUUCGAUGCGCCAUCUUUGAUGCAAUGCAGUAUGCAUUGUUCCGGUAUUAAUUAAUACAUUACCAACCGAUUACCUUUUCUAGUCUGUAUGCGUUUCUCACUGGCUUUUGUUCGGUGUGUUUGAGAAAACGUCACAAGUUACACUUUCGCAAGAGUAACCAAGUUCUGUGUUUAAUACGAAAGGUUGUCGACAAUUAUUCACCCUUUAAAUUCACAGCUAAAAAUUUGUCGAACUUGGUGUGUUAAGACCCUUGAUGCACGAAAAUCAUAUACUUUAAACAAAAAUAAAUAAAUUGAUUAAAAAAGCAUGAUGUCGGUACUUUUGUCUCAAAAUGCACAAUGAAGAGUUUUCUCACCCCAAAAAUACAUUAGAAGUUGUUGUCAAUGUUUAUAAAGGCGUGCUACACAAAUAUUGUAUGUGAUAAAAUUGAAACCCGAGUCUGAUCGAAUAGGCCAUGUUCCACUCACUACACCGUCAGUUACAUUGUAUAUUAAUAAUGUGCAAAGUCCAUCAAAUAACUGUUCUUGUGUACAUUCAGUUUCCUGAUUAAUUGAAUUCUCUAAUUACAUGAAAUAUUCACAAAUGCUCCAAUGGAGCGAGUUGAAAAUGUUCACCAGCCGGGUAUUCUGAUAAGGCCCAUUUUGGCACCUUCUCGUGAAACCUGUUUGGGUGGAGUGGGGAUGAAUGGAAUGUUUUGAAGCUAUGUAAUAGAUUAUAUAACAGAUACAUAGGAAAGCGAGAAAAUCACAUUUUAACAAUCGUCGACUACUGCCGUGUGAGACAGUAAUGUGUACUUAUAGGGCUAAAAACGCACAUUACAAGUCAACAAAUCUUUCCUACGCUGUAUCAGUAAGCCACAAAUAUUUCUGACAAAAGUCCUUUGGGUUUGAAAUGCUAUGUCGUGGGCGCAUUAAACAUGCAUGCUUGGCCUCCACUUCUUGGGCACUUUGCUCUUAAGGUGCUAUUUUAAGGACACAAUUCCUUGUAGAGAACAUAAAGCUACAAGGAUUGGAUUUUUUUUAACGUUUUGUCAUUCUGUCGUGUUGUGCAACAUUUGAAAUACCAAAUGCUGAAAAUUCAACACUUUGAAAGUGUGUUCACUGACCGAACUAAAUGGGAGUGUUGGAUUCAACACUUCGGUUUUAGCGUGAGAGUGCAACGUUUGGUUUUUGACUUUUCAAUAUUAAAUACUUAUAUUCUUAUUAUUCUCUUGCUGUAUUAUGGUACAAUUUUUGUCUUUCGAUGAAUAUCGAUCUAUAUACGCCAAACUUAAUCACUACUAAUUUGCUUUUUAUUUAUGUUAUUUAUUUGUAAAAAAAAGCUAAAAAUGUUGUUAAGAAACUAAAGUUAAUUAGACUUUCUUGUUGAUCGUCUUCAAAUACACAUUGAUGCACCAUCUGAAAAUUGUAAAUUUGUAUUCAUGGUAAGCAAAAUAAACGCUUCAUGUACAAAUCUGCGUGCGAGACAUGUAGAAAUACCUUAUCCGUUGUCUAAACGCUCACAAAUGAUCACACAAGCGUAAUUUUCAGCUCUUGAUCUAGGCCCUGUAUGAAAUCAUUAAUAUGCAACUAUUUUUCUUGCUCGGGAACAGGAAAGACCAUAAUCCCAACUUUAACCUUACUACGUUAAACUCGUGGC